CUGGUACGGUGAUCAGGAAAUUUCUAAGACAGGACCCCAGAAGAGCCUGGCUACUAGUCUGGAUAUGCUGGCGAUGACACAUGUUGCACAGGGCAGCUUUUUCACAUAGCCCUGCUAUGUGCUGCUUACAAAGAUAGCGAUUUAAGAGCCUGAGGCUGCUGGAGGACACCAUCUCCCCUUCUUUGCCUCACUACCCUCAAUACAUUCUUCAAAAUUCAAUUUUAGCAUCAGUCCCCAACCUUCCAGAGUGUAUUUAUGCUGGUCCCCUGUGCUUCUAUGCUUCUGGUUGUUUUUUGUUUUUCUAUGGCUGUAUACUGUAUGGCAAGCAUAUACCACCUUAUUACCCCCACCUUCCCUUUUCUUGCCCCUCCCCUUCCUAAUCCUCUACUUUCCCCUAGACAACUUCACUUCCACUUUCAUUUAAUAAAUACACACGAUUUUCUGUGACUAUAUAUAAUGCAGGAACUACAAACAAGAGAACAUAUACUGUCUGCCUGAGACUGGCUUUCUGUCUCCAGUUUAUCUAUUUUCCCCACAAAUGACAUUAACUUCAGUCUUCAUUAUGGCUGAAACCAAUUCAAUUGUGUAUAUAGGCUACAUUUUCCUUACCCAUUUCUCUCUUGAUGGACAGGUGCCAUAACUUAGCUAUUGUGAAUCGCGCUGCAAUAAUCAAUAAAAAUAAAGUGUGGAGCCAUCUCUGUGAUUAUGCUAAUUUGGAAUCUUUGGGUCACAUGGUAGAUCUACGUCUAGAUUCUUGAGAAACCUCCGUACCAAUUUUGAGAGGUUGGACUACGCUUACAUUCCCACAGCACACAAGGGCCAGUACGUGCUGUUUCUUUUCUUGCUGACUGACAUCUGACUGGGGUAAGAUGGAAUCUCCGAGUAGUUUGGACUUGCACUUUGGUGAAGGCGGCCAUUUUCUCUUCCAUGUUUAUUGGCUAUCUGUAUUUCUUUGGUCUGUUCAUUUCUUUCUUUUUUUUUUAAGAUUUAUUUAUUAUUAUAUCUAAGUACCCUAUAGUUGUCUUCAGACACACCAGAAGAGGGCGUCAGAUCUCAUUACGGAUGGUUGUGAGCCACCAUGUGGAUGCUGGGAUUUGAACUCAGGACCUUUAGAAGAGCAGUCGGUGCUCUUAACCACUGAGCCAUCUUUCCAGCUCGGUCUGUUCAUUUCUUAAGCCAUGUAUUGACUGGGUUGUUUGUGACGUCACACACUGCUGGGUGGCAGGUGCUUUGGCUUUUCUUUUCUGUGUUCUUUUACCACCAGCAUCGCAUAUCUAUUGCUUAAGUCAUUUCAGAUCAAUUUAAUUAAAAAAAAAGCAUCACACAGAUUAUGUAUGGUUUAUUGUAAGAAGAAAGAGAAUAUGGUGGAAUAUGUUAUAGAAACAGAACAGACUGGUAGAGCAGACUGGACCUAGCCUUUGCUAUUAAGCAGCCUCUGUAAAAGCUGAGCUUUCUUAUGUGACCUUGAGUAGCUUAAUUAGCCUGGGAUGUUAUAAAAAGGAGAUAAUACGCUCUCAGCUAUCAGGCUGCUCUGUGAAUUAAAUGAGAUAAUAUGUGGAAAGUUCUUGGCUCCUCGUAAGCACUCAGUACUGGAAGAUACUGUUUCUUUCAUGUUGUGAACUUCCACUCACCAUAUUAAUCUACUGAUAAGGUGACCGCCUCUACACAAGCAACAGUCAAUCUAAGAGUGAAACCCAGACGGUUUCUAAGAAUGUUUCUAAUCACAGAAGCGGGAAGUCCUUUCUCUUAUUCAAAGCAAGUGUCUGAUCAUGAGUAUUAACUUGUAGGGAAGUAGAGGCCAGGUAGAUUGGGGGAAGGGUAAGAGAGCACUGUAUUUACCAGUAUGGGUAGAUCCCCAAAGGAACAAAUUAUUUUCAUUCCUUGUGAGCAGUUAAUUACAAAAGACCUUUUUAUUUAUGGCCUAACCCAUGUGGCAAAUCGAGCCCUUACAAGAAAAUCUGUCUCUCUGGGGAAAAAAAAAAAGGAGAAGAAGUAGUUAAGCCUUGCCAAAAUGGAACAAACAAAACUUGAAAGCCUGUUCCAACCCCACUGAAAUGUCUUUUCCCUUUGAAAGAAGCCUAUUAGUGAUGCAAACACUCGGUUAUCUGCAGAGAUGAUAAUCCCAGCAAACAAAACAGUGAAACCAUUAGAACUUUCUGGUGCAAGCCGAAUGGCUUUCAGUCCUGGAAACUUGGCUUUUUUUUUUUUUUUUUUUUUUUAAAGCACAAAAGGGCAGAGAAAGCAAGCAGAGCAGGUCCUGCUUUGAGAGACUUCCAUUUCCUUAUCUGAAUCCAGAAUUAUCUGCCUGUUUAGCCUAAAGAAGACAAACAGUUCUCCGCCCACAGCACAGGCAGAAGGCAGGCCUGCUCCUCAGCCCCUGCAAGUGCCUUCCACCGGGAGGAAGCGGGGAAAACCAUGCCUCGUCCCGAGGAGCUCAGGAUAGCACAGCCUUAAGGUUUAUCCUCAAUUAAUCCUGUGACGUGCACUCCUGGGGCAGAAUUGCAACCCUGUCACAAUCUGAUGCUUUGGGAUAACUAAAGUGCUUGGAUGACUCCACGUAUGGUUUGGAGCACACAAUUUGGGAAUUUAGUCAAUAGGUAAGUUUACUGUAAGUAACAUGAUAGAAAGGUUUUAAGGUUUGAUGAGACCAAGUUUCUGAGAAGGAAUUGGACAUUAAGGCACAUUAGUCUUUAGGUCCCUAAAGAGAUUAGAAAAGCAUUUUUAAAGCAAAAUAUCCAACAGAGCGCCAGAGUGGACCUCGCUACAGCUUUUGGAAAUGGGUAGUAGUUAAGUUUACUAAGAACUCAACAUUGACCCUUCCACUGCCUAAGUCCUUUCUUAGCUAACUUUUAGCAGUCUGGACGUAAUGCUGGUUAUCUGGAUCUUAUGCUGGGUGGAGCUCUGGGCAGGUAAUGUCGCGGCUACGUAGCUUCCGGAUGGUCACGUGUUUACAUUUCAGGUGUGGGAAUAGAUCCCUGUCCAGGCCACACCCUCUGCAACCACCCUCGUCUCAGGGUUGUCAGACAGCUUGCGUAGUCCCCGCCCCGGGCUUUGAAAAAUCCAGCCUUCUCCCUGGACAGAGGUCAAUCACGGCUUUGGUUCUGCACUGCUUCCCGCCCACUCCCUCCACGGAUUUCUCCCCGCCCCUUGUUCUCUCUGCACCCCUGUCAAGCCAACCCCAAGAGCCCAAGUGUCACUGUCCCCCGAGGGUCUUUCUCACCUUUCUGAUGGGGACCUCCUCCCCUAAACCUAGAAGAAAGGGUCGGGGCUCUCGGAUGUACUUGCUCUUAGAAAGUUGGGGAAUACCGUCUUGUGCGUGGCAACUACUACCUGCUGGGGCUGGGGCUGGGACCACAAGCAGCGAGUCCAACUUUGUUACCCGGAGUCUGGCGCGUCCGGCGUGUCCCGACCGGGCGCGCGAGCCGGGGGCGCGCAGGGCCCGCCGGGAGCGCGCGGCCUCCGGGAUGGCGGCUGCGCAGUGGCGAGCGGGGCCGGGAACCGGAGGGAGGGCGUGCGGGCGGGCGGAGCGGAGCGGCGGGCGGAAGCCAUGUUGGAACUGCACCCCGAGCGAGGGGCUGCGGGCGCGCUCCUCUCCUGGUGGGUGUGACCCGGCUCGGCGCGGCGGCGGGGGGCGGGGACGCCGGGCGGCUCGUCGUGGUCGGCGGCGGCCGCGGCGUGCAGCCGGGCGAUUGUGACCGGCGGCGGAGCCGGGCCGGCCGCGGGCGCUCCCUCCGUGCGGCCCCCGUGAGCGCCCCCCCUCCCCGGGCCGGGAGGGAGGUGGGGGGCACCCGGGGCCCGCCAUGAACCCGGGCUUCGAUCUGUCCCGCCGGAACCCGCAGGAGGACUUCGAGCUGAUCCAGCGCAUCGGCAGCGGCACCUACGGCGACGUCUACAAGGCACGGAAUGUCAACACUGGAGAAUUAGCAGCAAUUAAAGUGAUAAAAUUGGAACCAGGAGAAGACUUUGCGGUUGUACAGCAAGAAAUCAUUAUGAUGAAAGACUGCAAACACCCAAACAUUGUUGCUUAUUUUGGAAGCUAUCUCAGGCGAGAUAAACUUUGGAUUUGCAUGGAAUUCUGUGGAGGUGGCUCUUUACAGGACAUAUAUCAUGUAACUGGACCCCUUUCAGAACUGCAGAUUGCAUAUGUUAGCAGAGAAACUCUACAGGGAUUGUAUUACCUUCACAGUAAAGGAAAAAUGCACCGAGAUAUAAAGGGCGCUAACAUUCUCCUAACGGAUAAUGGUCACGUGAAACUAGCUGAUUUUGGAGUUUCUGCACAGAUAACAGCUACAAUUGCCAAACGGAAGUCCUUCAUUGGAACGCCAUAUUGGAUGGCCCCAGAAGUCGCGGCUGUUGAGAGGAAAGGCGGGUACAAUCAACUGUGUGACCUCUGGGCGGUGGGCAUCACUGCCAUCGAGCUGGCGGAGCUCCAGCCACCCAUGUUUGACCUUCACCCGAUGAGGGCAUUGUUUCUAAUGACAAAAAGCAAUUUCCAGCCUCCUAAACUAAAAGAUAAGUUGAAGUGGUCAAAUAGUUUCCAUCAUUUUGUGAAGAUGGCUCUUACCAAAAAUCCAAAGAAAAGACCCAAUGCAGAAAAGCUGUUACAGCAUCCCUUUGUCACACAGCCUCUGACACGGUCUUUGGCAAUCGAGUUGCUGGACAAAGUGAAUAAUCCAGACCAUUCCACAUACCACGAUUUUGAUGAUGAUGACCCAGAGCCUCUUGUUGCCGUACCACAUAGAAUUCCUUCAACGAGUAGAAAUGUGAGAGAAGAAAAAACACGCUCAGAGAUAAACUUUGGCCAGGUAAAAUUUGAUCCGCCCUUAAGGAAGGAGACAGAGCCACAUCACGAACUUCCCGACAGUGAUGGUUUUUUCGACAGUUCAGAAGAAAUAUACUACACUGCAAGAUCUAAUCUGGAUCUGCAACUAGAGUACGGACAAGGACACCAAAGCCAUUGCUUCUUAGGUGGCAACAAGAACUGUAUUCUAUAUAACGAGUCAUUGGCAAGGAGUCUUCUGAAGUCUGUUGAAGAGGAAUUACAUCAGCGAGGACAUGUGGCACACUUAGAAGAUGACGAAGGCGACGAUGACGACUCUAAGCAUUCAACCAUGAAAGCAAAAGUCCCGCCUCCUCUGCCACCAAAGCCUAAAUCCAUCUUCAUACCACAGGAUACACAUUCUGCUGAGGACGGUAAUCAAGGAACAAUCAAGAGAUGUCCCUCAUCAGGGAGCCCGGCAAAGCCAUCCCACGUUCCACCUAGACCACCUCCGCCCAGGUUACCGCCACAGAAGCCUGCUGUUUUAGGAAAUGGAGUGAACUCCUUCCAGCUAAAUGGUGAGCGAGACGGAUCAUUAUAUCAGCAGCAGAGUGAGCAAAGAGGCACAAACCUUUCAAGAAAGGAGAAGAAGGACGUCCCGAAACCAAUUAGUAAUGGUCUUCCCCCAACACCUAAAGUGCAUAUGGGAGCGUGUUUUUCAAAGGUUUUUAAUGGAUGUCCCUUGAAAAUCCACUGUGCCACAUCCUGGAUAAACCCAGACACGAGAGACCAGUACUUGAUAUUUGGCGCUGAAGAGGGCAUUUAUACCCUUAAUCUCAAUGAACUUCAUGAAACAUCAAUGGAACAGCUGUUCCCCCGCAGGUGUACGUGGCUGUAUGUGAUGAACAAUUGCCUGCUGUCAGUCUCGGGCAAAGCCUCUCAGCUUUACUCCCACAACUUACCGGGGCUUUUCGAUUAUGCAAGACAGAUGCAGAAGCUUCCAGUAGCCAUCCCAGCACACAAGCUCCCCGACCGAAUACUGCCCAGGAAAUUUGCUGUAUCAGCAAAGAUUCCUGAAACCAAAUGGUGCCAGAAGUGCUGCGUGGUGAGAAAUCCUUACACGGGCCAUAAGUACCUGUGCGGGGCGCUUCAGACCAGCAUUGUUCUAUUAGAAUGGGUUGAGCCAAUGCAGAAAUUUAUGUUAAUUAAGCACAUAGAGUUUCCUAUGCCGUGUCCACUCCGGAUGUUUGAGAUGCUGGUGGUCCCUGAGCAGGAGUACCCUCUGGUCUGUGUUGGCGUCAGCAGAGGGCGAGACUUCAACCAAGUGGUUCGGUUUGAGACGGUCAAUCCCAAUUCUACCUCGUCGUGGUUUACAGAGUCAGAGCCAAGUGUGGUGGUACGUACCUGUAAUCCCAGCACUUCGGAAGUGGAGGCAGGAAGAUCAGGAGUUCGAGACCAAUCUGAGCUACAUAAUGCCCCGCAGACAAGCGUCACUCAUGUGACCCAGCUGGAGAGAGACACCAUCCUUGUGUGCUUGGAUUGUUGUAUAAAAAUAGUCAAUCUCCAAGGAAGGUUGAAAUCCAGCAGGAAAUUGUCAUCAGAACUCACCUUCGAUUUCCAGAUAGAGUCCAUAGUUUGUCUACAAGACAGUGUGCUAGCGUUCUGGAAACACGGGAUGCAAGGUAGAAGCUUUAGAUCUAAUGAGGUAACACAAGAAAUUUCAGAUAACACAAGAAUCUUCAGACUCCUUGGAUCUGACAGGGUUGUGGUUUUGGAAAGUCGGCCAACUGAUAACCCAACAGCAAAUAGCAAUUUAUACAUCUUGGCGGGUCACGAAAACAGCUACUGAGACACGGUGUUCUUGACAGUGACCUGUGGAGACAGUGACCACAGCUGCUGCAACGUUAGUGGAGGAGUGAAGCUAUGCAGACCCUGCAGGAACCUAGAUUCUGUUUCUUAUAAUUUAUUGUGGCAUGAGACAGAUGGGAGAACAUUUUGUUUUAAGUGGUAUGGAUAUAUUUAGCAUAUUGAACCACACAAGUGCUUAAUUCAUUGUUAUGUAAUCUUUGUACAUAUAAGCAGUAUUUUUCUGUGAAACUUCAUAUUGCUGAAGGCAUACACUAAGAAUUUAUGUAGAUAAUGUACUUUUAUGAGAUGUAAAAGUGUCUUAUCUGUACAGAUGUAAAUGUUGAUGAAAAUGCAACUGGGGUUAAUAUUUUAAGAAUUCUUUAGUAUAUUCUUGGGUGUGGUCAUAUUACAAAAUGGGAUGCUGGCAAUGAACCAAGACAUUAACACUAUUGUAUUUUUAUUAUAUAUAAUUUAGUAAUAUGGACAUAAAUCCUGUAACUUUUAAAAUGGUAACGAGCUGUAAUCAUUUUAUAAUCUUGUUUUUAAUUUUAAUGCACGUGCACUGGUGUUUCUCCUGCACAGAGUAUUGACAUGUGAUGUGUUGUCACAGAGAGCCUGUGACACCCACCGUGAAUACAACAUCUUUUUUACAUGUAUUUGGAUUGUUUUCUAUGUGAAACAAACCAGUUAACCACCUGUUGUAGUAACUGAUCUUUUUAUAUUUAAGGAGAAUUGUGUAAGAUAAGCUUGUCUGUGCUUAGGAUACACCUUCGCAAAAACUUAAAUCAUGGAAUGGCGGUACCACGGUAGAACACUGCAGCUGUCGCCAGGGUUACAGUGCGCAUAAGAGCAACUCGCAUUGCUGAGGAGUCCGCACUAGACAUUUCACAGUCACACUGAAGAGCUGUCACAUUCCAGAGUGAGCUGAUCAGGUUUCUCGUGGGCUUUUACUUCUGUUGGCAUUAGUUUAUCACUUCCAUAUUUCUUUAGAUUUUGAGUAUUAAUACAUGGCCAAAAUAAUUUAGUUACUACCUCAUACAAACAUUAUAAUGGUUACUACAGAUCACAAGAAGUUAGUUUGGUUAAAAUCAUUGUUGAUUGGUUUUUUCCAAUGGAGUGUAUCUGUCUUAUCAAGAUAGAUACCAAGUUGUAGCAAAGUGCACACCUCUGACUCUCUUUGGUAUAUGUUCAUAUGUUCUUUAUAUUUUGAUGUGAGUAUAUAUACACUAAGAACAAGCUAAAUUGUGAUUUAUGCUUCAUUUAUUUUAACUGAUAAUGGUUUUAAAUACGUUCCUGAUUGUACAUACUGUAAAAUAAACAUGUUUUUUAACAUGC